AUGCAAUCGAAAUAUAUAGUUGGGUUGGUGUUAGUGUUGUGUAUAUUGGCAACAUGGCUCUUUGGACAUUUAUAUAGAGAGCUGCUGUAUUUUUAUGAACAAACGGGCACUCUAACAGACUCUGAAUAUUCAUGGGUUUUUAGAUUAUUAUUGAACUUAGUGGGAUACUCUACAGUGUUGCUGCCGUGUUAUGUCCUGUAUAAAUAUUUGGAGAAAACAAAUUAUUUUGAUAAGAUAACAAACAACACAUGGGUAUCUCGUAUAUUAUUCGCCUGUUUUUCUGAACACGAUCGCAUCCCGGAGAAUGUGAAACCUCCGAAAGUGGAAGAGAACCCGAGACGUGAAAGUUUAGAACUCGCUUUCUGCUUUACGGGACUUAUGUGUUUUUACUUGAUAUGGGGGCUCUUGCAGGAGAAGAUUAUGACGCAGAACUACGAGAUGCCCGACGGCACGCUGCUCAGGUUCAACGACUCCCAGUUCCUGGUGUUCAUCAACCGGCUGCUGGGCUUCCUCUUAGCCCUGGGCCGCCUCCUCAAGACGGGACAGGCGGUCAUCGUGGCGCCCUUGUACAAGUUCUCCUACUGUUCCCUCACCAACAUCAUCAGCGCCUGGUGUCAGUAUGAAGCGUUAAAGUACGUCAGCUUUCCCACUCAGGUGCUGUCCAAGUCGUGCAAGGUGAUCCCGGUGAUGCUGAUGGGCAAGCUCAUCUCGCGCAACAAGUACGAGCCCUACGAGUACGGCACCGCGCUCCUCAUCUCCGUGGGGAUGGUGCUCUUCAUGCUGGGCAGCCACGACGACAGCGCUCCGUGGGGCACGACGCGCGCGUCGGGGCUGUGCCUGCUGGCGCUGUACCUGUGGUGCGACAGCUUCACGGCGGCGUGGCAGGGCGCGCUGUUCCGCCGCCACGCGCCGCGCCCGCUGCAGAUGCUGGCCGCCGUCAACCUGUGCUCGUGCGCGCUGACCGCCGCCGCGCUGCUGCGCCGCGCCGCGCCGCACGCCACCACCGCCGCGCUGCUGCAGAACCCGAUGUUCGUGGCGGACGCGCUGCUGCUGUCGGUGAGCUCGGCGGCGGGGCAGCUGCUCAUCUACCGCACCAUCGCGCGCUUCGGCCCCGUGCUCUUCACGCUCAUCAUGACCAUACGACAGGCGGUGUCCAUCCUGGUGUCGUGCGCGGUGUACGGGCACGCGGUGUCGCCGGCGGGCGUCCUGGGCGUGCUGCUCGUGUUCGCCGCCGUGCUGCUGCGCGUGUACUGCCGCCGCCGGCACCCUAACCCUCCCCUCCACCCGCACCCUCACCCUCACCCUCUCCCGCACCCGCAGACG